AUGGUGGAUGUUAAUGAAGUCAAUGAGAAAGGAAGCAGUGAAGAUGAAAUUGAACUCACUGAUGAAGAAGAGGAUCCUGAAGAAGACAUUAUUGAGCCAGAAAGGGAAGAGAAAGUUGAAUUCACUAAACAAGAAGAGGAGUUUGUAGUUCAACCUCAAAAGAUGAAGCAUCCGCCUAAGGUAGAAGAUCCAGGAUGUUUAACAAUUUCAUGUCUUCUGAAUGGGUGUGAUGUAGUGGAAGCCAUGAUAGAUUCUAGAGCUAGCAUUAAUAUGUUACCCAAGCAUUUCUUAACAAAGUUCAGAGGCUUAAUGCUAAAAGCAUCCAGUGUUAUUGUGACGAUAGCAGAUGGAUCCAUGGAAAAACCAAUCGGUAUGGUGGAGGAUGUUAUUGUGCGAGUGGAGCAGCUUGAGUUCUUAGUUGAUUUCAUUGUUAUGGAUGUGGAAAAUGAUGAAUAG